GGAGCAGGGCUUGCCCGGGCGUGUUGGAGCUGCAGGUUCUCCGGACGCCACGUGCUGCCGUGAGAAGACUCACUGGGCUUUCAGGCUGCUGCCCUGUAGGCAGAUUACCUCCCAGACCUCCCUUGCCCUGAGCGGUGAGCUGAUUGGGAUGGUGGCCCGGGAAGCUUCUGAGUCUGCCCAGUGCCUGUGCCCUUCCCUGGCCAGCCUGAAUGCCAAGGAUGUGCUUCGGAGGAAACACAAGAGGAAGAGCCGACAGCACCAGCGGUUUAUGGCCCGGAAGGCCUUGCUGCAGGAGUAUGGGUUGCGGAACACACCCCCGGAGCCAGGAUCCUCCCCAGGCACCGAAGCCGCCAGCAGUGUGAGGCAACGUCCAAGGGCUGAAUCUGGAGGUGCCCAAGGCAGCAGAAAGCCCACCCCCAGAGAAUCUGCUGGGCCCUUGCCCAGCAAGUGCGUGGCUAUCGACUGUGAGAUGGUGGGCACAGGACCGCGAGGGCGGGUGAGUGAGCUGGCCCGCUGCUCCGUGGUGAGUUACCACGGCGAGGUCCUCUACGACAAGUACAUCCAGCCUGAGAUGCCCAUCGUGGACUACCGUACUCGCUGGAGCGGCAUCACCAGGCAGCACAUGCGCAAGGCCAUCCCCUUCCAGGUGGCCCAGAAAGAGAUCCUCAAGCUCCUGAAGGGCAAGGUGUUGGUGGGGCACGCCCUGCACAAUGACUUCCAGGCCCUCAAGUACAUCCACCCUCGGGGCCAGACCCGGGACACCACUUAUGUCCCCAGCCUCCUCAGCCAGCCCAGCCUCCACGCCCGGACCCGCGUCUCUCUUAAGGACCUGGCCCUGCAGCUGCUGCACAAGAAAAUCCAGGUGGGCCAGCACGGGCACUCAUCGGUGGAAGACGCCGUGACGGCCAUGGAGCUCUACCGGCUGGUGGAGGUGCAGUGGGAACAGCAGGAGGCCAGCAGCCUCCAACCCCACCCUGAGGACAGAGAGCCCGACAGCAGCACAGACAUGGAGCAGUAUAUGGAGGACCAGUACUGGCCGGAGGACCUGGCCCAGGGCACCAGCAGAGGAACAGGAGAGGCACUGGGCAGAACGGAGUGAGGGAGGGGAAGCUCCACUGGAGAGCGGGGACCAGGAGAGUGGCUGGGGCCGGAUGCCACCAGUGUCCCCCAGGGCCUAAAGUGUUGGGACCAUCUGCCCACAGCACAGUCCCCGAUUCUGUGGUUUUGCUGAUGGCACUUUAUAGGCACCAUGAAAAUGGCAGGUGGGCUAGCUGCUUGAGCCUAGCAGGAGUAGGGGAUGCGCCAGCAGACUCCCCACCCCCAGGCUGUGCUGUCUAAAGGGAUGAUCUCUCCCUCCUUGGGGGUGGGUGGGGUGGGUGUCCCUAUUCAAGAAUUCCCUUGUCUUGCCCCAGUGACCUGGGGUAAAGCUCUCUUCCUGUUGUCACCAUCUACCUCUUCCUCCACAGUCAUUUUCAGGAGAAUAACUACUCCCUGAAGCUACAGAGUUAAGGUCACUCAAGGGUCAUUUUGUCCCUUUCUCUCAGGACUGGAACCCUGGUUGUAGCCAUCGUAGGAGCUGCCAGGCUACAAUGGAAUAGCAGAGACCUCAGCUCGUGGGGAGCUGGGUCUUCACUUGCCACCAGAAGUCACCAGGCACUAUUCUGGGAGGAGGGAAGGCAGAUGAGCUUUGGGUGGAGACUCGCAUAUGUAUUUUGACCCAAGUCAGGCAUUCCUCCUGCCCACCCAACGCUAGGCUCUCUUAAGCAAAAGUCUGAGAGACAAGACAGCGGUUUGAAUUCUGGGACCUCUGUGCAGAAUUGCCCACAGGGAUCUUUAUUUAUUGAGAGCAAGGCCAUGGGUCUGUAGGGGAGCAGAGGGCGGGUCCGCUGGGGCCGGGCCGGGCAUUGACAGCUGUGCAGCUGUUGCACUCGGGUGGGUGCCCCCAAUCACUGGUGGCUGGGUUUUCUCCAGAUUUCUAAAAAUGUUCUGUGUCAGGAUUCAUCCCCUACCCCUCUUUCCUUGUUUCCUAAGGGACAGUUUGGGGGUAUUGGGGUAACCCGGAGCUCAGGUCACACAGAACCUUUGAGCCCCAUCUUUGUUCACUACUCAAUAGCUUUGAGACUUAGGCAAGUGUGUGACUUCACUCUUGAGUCUGUUCCCUCAUCUGUAAAAUGGGGAUAAUAACACCACCUACCUCACAGGGUUGUUAGGAGGAUGAAGUGCUGAGUGCUUGGCCCAGUGCCUGGCGCCUAGUAAGCCGGACUGGCUGUGUUUUCUUUAAGGAUCAGUGUUGGGCUUUCCGGGUAACACCUGAACACACCCUCAGGUUGAGUGGCUUUGACCCAGACAGGACUGUCCUCGUGGCUGUUCCAGCAGGUGGGGCACAGGCUGCUGAGGACAACUCAGAGGUUCCGGGCUCUCACCGUUCCCCGUGAUGCUUGGAUUUCACGUGAGUCUGAGUAAAGCAGCAGGGCCAGGAAGGGAGAGACACUAAAACCAUGCAACUGCAAAAGCAGGGCCGCAGAUUGCUCUGGGAGCUGGCUGAGUCACUGACCACGCCUCGCCUGGCUCCAGGACUUUGUUCUAGUUUCCUUAAACGUCCGUAGCUGACGCCACACUCACAGUUGAGAAGUAGCUUUGGUUCUUUGGUCUGUGGGUUGAGGAAGGAUGGAACUGCUAGCAGUGGGGAGAUGUACUGGGUUUAAAAUCAGCUUUGUUGUAAAACCUGGAAAAAAACUCAAUUGGAAAGUGGGUGAAGUGGCCUUUUCUUUGAAUUCUUCAGCUAGGGUGGGAGGGUGGCUUGGGGGAGGGAUGGUGGUGAUGCUGGGGUGCUGAGUCUUGCUGGCUGCUUUGACCUUUGAGGUGGGCGGCUUUCAAGAUGAUGCUUUGGGAUGUAGCAAGAAAAUACUACAGAAUUUAUAGUUUAUUAUUUUUUUUCCUUUAUUUUUUAUAACAUCUUUAUUGGAGUAUAAUUGCUUUACAAUGGUGUCUUAGUUUCUGCUUUAUAACAAAGUGAAUCAGCUAUACAUAUGCA